AUGUUAUCGCAACUCAUCGCAUCAGAGUCGUUAGAUUCACGAGUUUUCGUAAAUGUUGUCGCCUAUGCGAGACUCAAUGCGGAAUUCGCCUAUAACUGCAACCAUCUUCCUGUUUUCUACAAACCCAUCCGGGUUGCUGUAUCCCACACAUCAUCGUCUCAGCCAAAUAAUCGGCUAUAUUCCUACCAGACACCAACCCGACAUCAACAGCCACUCUCCAUUUCGGUUCCACCACAGCCGUCCGACACAGUAACUAGUGUUACUGUCAUUACCGAAGUCCCUUUAACACCGUGUGCUUCUGUCACUCCAAAAUUCCCAUCCGAGACAAACAAGAACGAAGGUGUUGGUUCAUUGCUAGGUUUAUUGGCUAACACUAAACUCCAACAUUGA